GUCCUGCGGGAUGCUGAGCCGAGCAUGUGCCUCAUUGGACUAUCCCAUGGUCAAUUCACAGGAUAAUUUGGUCUCGAAUAAAUGGCUUGUUAAUGGUAGAAAAUAAACCAUGAUGAAAUUGUCAGAAAUUGGUAAGGUUCGUGCACUUAGUGGAACAUCUAUAUCCAGUGUGGUAUUCAGCAAAGAUUCAAAGUCUUUGUUUUGUGCUUGUGGCUGCCAAUUAAAAAAAUAUUGUGUUUCUACUGGAGAGUUGGUGUCAGUUUAUGAAGGUCAUAAUGAUCAAGUUACAGAUCUCUGCAUCAAUCCAAAUAAUCAACUACAGUUGAUAUCUUGUUCAUUAAAUGGCGAUGUCUAUUUCUGGGAUAUUUUGGAUGGUUCUAUCAUUACUAAAUGCAAAUCGCAAUAUUCUUUACAUGGAGUUACUGUUCACAAGGACCAUCCUAAUACUUUGUUUAUUGUUAAAAGAAAUGAUAAAAGAAAGGAUAAAUUUUUGUUUGGAAAAUCAAGCCUGUCUUCAGAAAAUAAAGGCCUUCAUGAAGUCAACUCAUGUUUGAAGUUUGACAAAAUUUGCAAAAUUAUAAGUUGCCCUGAUGCUUUUUGCUUUAGCGAGAAGGGUGAACAAGUUGCAGUUGUAUCGAAGCACAACUUACAGAUUUGGUAUUUCAAGGAAGAGAUACUUCAAAGACACUAUUGCAAGGCUGAGAUAACGUCAGUUGCAUACCAUCCACAUGAUGCAUGCAUUGCUACUGGGCACGACAAUGGAAAGAUUUUCAUUUGGAAGAAUAUAAAGCUUGAUUCUGAACCAAUACGAAGCAAGCUUCACUGGCAUGCGCAUUCAGUUGCUAGUUUAAAGUUUAGUCAUGACGGUGCAUAUUUAUAUUCUGGUGGCGAGGAGUCAGUAUUGGUCUUCUGGCAAGUGGAUUCCAACCAUAAACAGUUUAAGCCUCGUCUUGGUGCUCCUAUAGCUCAUAUUUGCAAUAGUGACGACGAUGCUCUGAUAGCAGUUUCUCAUGUUGAUAAUGUGAUCAAUUUAGUUUCUGCCGUGGAUUUGUCCGUUGUAAAUGUUGUUCAAGGUCUCACCAGAGCAAACAAAGUUUAUUCUGGUUUGGUUGCGGAUCCCUGUAGUAAAUCAUUGGUACUCAAUAAUAAAGAUGGCAGUUUACAGUUUUACCGACCGGAAACUGAUUGUUUAUCUUUCACAUUAGACAUAGUUCAGCAAAACUACAUUUCGCGAUUAAAGAAUACUCCAUUACAACUGAUAGUUGUUGAGCAUGUCAAGUUUUCAGAUGAUGGAAGCUGGCUUGCUACGAUAGAACGAAGAGACGAUGGUAAAAUGACACCGGAAAAUCGUUUGAAAUUUUGGAAAUAUAACAAAAAAUCGCAAAGACAUGUGCUUAACACGUGCAUAGAUCCACCUCACGAAGGAAAAGUUAUCUCUAUGGAAUUCCAGCCUGGUACUUCAAAGACUCAGCUGGCUAUGAGUGCUUCCAUUGAUGGAAAGUUUAAGAUUUGGAUUGUCAAGCAACAGCAUGAUAUAAAUGAGUAUCUAGAAUCUUGGCAUUGUCAAUCUGUUGGUUAUUUUCGAGAUGAACCUGUAAGCGAUGCAGCAUUUUCGUCAGAUGGUUCCCUGUUGGCUGUCGUAUAUGGCAAGGUGAUCACAUUAUGGGAUCCUUAUAUCAACGAACAAAAGAAAACCUUGUGUUCUCCCUUUGCUGAAAAUAUCCGAAACAUAGCAUUUGGAAGAAAAGUUUGCUCGCACAUUUUGUUGGCGACAACCAAACAUUAUUUUAUGGCCUGGAAUCUUCUUUCUUGUGGAGUUUUAUGGAGUACAAAAGCUGAAGUCCUUUCCAUUCUUCCUGAUCCGUGCAGCUAUUUAGUAACUACUUUUGUUAAAGGAGCUAAACAGCAAAUCGAUGUUUACAUUUUUGAUGCACGAUCUGUUAUUCCACUUGCAAUUGAGAUGGAUGUGAUCAAAGAUUCCCAAUUCCUAGCUGCUGCAUUUCAAUUGAACACGAGAGGCUUGACUGUGCCUAAUAAGAACGACAACAUCACUAUGGCUAAGCUUUUUUACAUGAGCAAAAAACAGAUAUUAUAUACAAUUGAUGAUGUCCAUUCAGACGAAGUAUUUCCUAAAAAGGGUAGUGAAAAUAUGAGUGAGGAUGUAAACUCAGAAUUUCAUCGUGUAUUUGGAGUUAGUCAAAAGCAAGACCAAACUUCUACUGUAACAGACCCUGCAAGGAUUUAUAGAAACACUUCAGCAUCCUCCAAAGUUAUUCGCGAGAUGUUGAGUGCUCCAUCUCAUGCCCUUCCACCAGUGAAAAGUUUAUGUUCAAAACUUCUCCAUUCAUUGCUUAUAAGCAAGGAACGUAACAGUGUGACCGCUGAGCAUGAAGACGUUACAAGUGAUGAUGACGAUAUGAAAGAAAUGGACAUCGGUGAAGACGAAACGUCAUCAGAUGAAGAUAUUGCAGACUCAGAUAAACUAGAUACCAAGAUUACCAUAGAGGUGCAAGAAGGCUAUUUAAAUCGCGACGACGAUUUGCCAACAACAGAUUUUGAUUGGAUGAAAGAAAUAUUCCAGAACAUGCCAUGAAAUAUUUUCCUAUUCCGACCACCAUACUCAAAGUGCUGGUCCAACCGAAAUUAUUUCGAAGAGUGUAAUAUCUUUGGACAUCAGAAAUCGUUCAUCCUAUGUUUCGCUCUUUCAACCAAGCGAGUUCCUCAUGCGGCACGUGCAGGUUUCAAGCUUCGACUUUACCUUUGGAGAGCAAUUAAGAGGAAAUUGAGAAACCGAAAUUAGCUAGUUAUCUCGCUCGAGGUACUCCCUUACAUUAAAGUCAAUACCAAAGCGGUGAUUUAUUACAUACACAUAUAUGACACAGUACUAUAACACCUCAACACAACAAUUACAUGGAUUUUGUCUGCUACAAA